ACUACUCCACUACCAGCUGAGGAAAGCAGAGGCCCAGGACUGUGCGGGAAUUUGACAAGCCAUGUUUGUGUUCAUUCUAUGCAUUGCUGGUGAACUUUUUACUCUGGGAGUAUUUUGCAUGCCAAUGAUGGACCAGGGGCCACUUGUCACCCAUGGCUGGGGCCAGGUGGUCCGGCACCGGCAUCUGUAUGCAGCCAAGCCAGGACUGCACCUACUGAUCAGUGAGGAUGGACAAAUCCACGGUUCCGCAGAUCAAACUCUUUACAGCCUGCUGGAGAUCCAACCUGUUGGCCCCGGACGUGUUGUGAUCAAAGGAGUGGCAACCACACGCUUCCUCUGCAUGGAGAGCGACGGCAGAUUGUACUCAACUGAAACAUACAGCAGAGCUGACUGCACCUUCAGAGAACAGAUCCAGGCAGACGGCUACAACGUCUACACCUCUGAUAGCCAUGGAGCCCUCCUCAGUUUGGGAAACAACCAGCAAAGACACAGCGGCUCAGACCGUGGUGUUCCAGCUCUGGCCCGCUUUCUUCCCAGGUUAAACACCCUUCAGCAGGCCGUCCCCACAGAGCCGGAUGUUCCUGAUCAGCUCAGUCCAGAGAAAGUACAACAGACUGUGGACAUGGUGGCCUCCUUUGGCAAGCUCUCUCAUAUAAUUCACAGUCCCAGCUUCCAUAAGAGAUGAAGCGGCCGGUCCGAAACAGCUGUGAAGGGAUGUGCUCAGGGACACCCAAGCACUACUUCCUGCAUGUUGUAAACUCAUGGACAGACAGGAGUUGCGACUGGUCAGCACAUAGAAAUGUUGGUGGCGUGGCUGUCCAGCCGGAGAUGCAGCGAGGCAUGCAGAGUGGAGGCCGACACCUGGAGGGAGUUCAACCCUCCAACCUGCAUUUACACCCACUCAACAAACAUGGGAGGUGUUCUCAGUUUUCCAUCCUUCCAAAAGCUUUUUCCACAUGAAGUAUGUUUGCUCUGAAACAGUGACUAAAGUGCACUGAUAAACCGCUGCGUUAGUGGACGGCUGGCAAAGGAAAAGACUUGCACAACAUUCAUCUGAUAGUUUCAGUGCUAUGUGUGAUAAGUCACCCGCUGAUGUUAGAGAGUCAAUGAUAUAUCUGGUGGUUUUUUUGAUAAAAUGCUUCUAUUAACUAC